GAAGUUGUGGGAGGAGAGAGGAAGUUCUCCCAAACUUUUUUUUUUCUUUUUUCCCCUCUGGAAAGACUGUGGAGACGGUCCGUUAGGUUUUCAGGAGGAGGUUUUUAACUACAAGGCCUUACAGGCGAAGAUAAAAGCAGAUCACGGAGUCAGAAGUUCAUCCUUUGAACUUCUUCUGAUCUUUUCCCCUCACAUGAGGAGGGUCCUGGAUCUUGUGCGUUUUGUUCCUUCGCUCCCUGAGAGGACUUCCACCAUCAGAGGCGAUGAGAUGUGAGUGAGCUAUGCCUGGUGGAAAUGGACAGACUUUAUCCAAGCAAAAACAUCAUGGCGUCUGCGUCCCGAGGUUCGGCCUCUUUCCCGGUCUGCUUGUGGCGCUCUGCUGCUGCCUGGAGGCGUGGGGCUCCGGAGCGGACGGGCCCGGCGGCCGCAGCUGCGAGCCCUGUCCCGUCAACUGCAGCUGCGCGCCCGCGGCGGGGCCCCAGCAGCUCUGCCUGGUCAACUGCUCCAACACCGGGCUGGAGAGGGCGCCAGCGGCGGGGGACCUGCCUCUGUCCGUCAGCGUGCUAGAUCUGUCCAAGAACCACAUCUCCUCCCUCGAUACCAGCCUGUUAGAUCGUCUCACGAGCCUCCGAGAGCUAUACCUUCAAGAAAACAGGAUCAAUGUUCUCCCUAGAGGAGUAUUCUGUUGUGGACCACUGUCAGUCCUUGAUUUGAGCAACAACCAAAUUACCACCAUAGAAGAAAGGAUAUGUGACAACCUUUGUAAUUUAACAAAAAUUGAUCUGAGCGGCAACCCCUUUGAAUGCGACUGCAAGCUGUUCCGGUUGGUGAGGUGGCUCCAGGAGAAAGGGGUGCAAGUUAGACGCCCCCACGCCAUGCUCUGUAACCACCCCCUUGAACUUCGCCACCAGCCUUUGCUCAAUGUUAGCUUGCUCACCUGCGGUCUGAGCUACGCAGGAUGUCUUGAAGACAGCAGCACUGGAGGAGGACGAAGUGAGCUUGUGAUCUUUACGUUCUCCAGCCCUGGAAACUUCACGCGCCAACAGUGCAACAGUCUGUGCUUUGGUUUAUCGCACCUCUACGGCGGCUUGGGAAACAGUCACGAGUGUCUCUGCAGCACAAACAACGAGCCCAACUUCAUCAGCGGCUCUCAGUACUCGGCUGCCUGUACCGACCCCAACGUAAUGACAGAUUGUGGGUGGACUUUGGCUCAGGACGUGUUUGCGGUGGAGUUCUCUAUCUCAGUGAAACCUCUCCCACUGCAAAGCGUUCACGACCAAAUCCUUUUCUCUGCCGCCGCCUCCGUCACGCCCGUCACGCUGUCCUGGGACUUUGGUGACCUUUCGUCCCGGGUCAACGCCACGGCUACGGGUACCGCCACGGCAGCUCACAAAUACGGGCUUCCAGGGCAUUAUGCAGUCAGUUUGAUGGCCUGGGCGGGACACAAAGAGGUGGCUAAUCGCACACAAGUGAGCGUGACGCUUCCCUCCAAACUUGAGCUGCACUGUCCACAUCUCGUAGUGGCCAAUAAGAGUCUUGAGGUCACGCUUGUCAACUGGGGUGGCGUUGGCAUCGUUGUGGAGUGGACGAUUACAAAGGACGGUGUCCAGGUUGCCAAAG